UACCGAAGCUGCCAAGUGCUUCGGUGGUAGCAGAGAAACAAUAAGAACCCGAGGCUGGAAAACCGAACCAAACUAGGUGAGUAAAGAAAAGUGGUGAACGAAGCUGAGGUAAGUCGAUUGUGUUCAAGAGAAGCUUUGGUCGAAGCUAAGGUUCGAGGGACUUGGAAAACACCAAUCUCCCGCUCUACUCCUCACGGUAGACUUGGUCUUGCUAUUGUCCUGUCCUCACGCGCGCGUUCACUAUACAGUCCAUUUUACUUAGCCUAGUGGAUAUCCUUCCUCAAAGCCUUUCUAUAUAUUUCUCUCUCUCUCUCUCUCUGUUUUUUUUCCUUGUUUGUUUCGGGAGCUAUGGCGAGUGCUUGGAUUGUAGAUGGCCCAGGAAUGGCUUCCAAAGUGAAGAAUGCUUCUCUCUCUUCACCUUUGCAGACCAGAGACAGUGGAGCUUGUAUCCAGUGCCCCAACUGCUAUUUCCGCAUUGACAACUCCAAUGUGCCGGUUCCAUGCCCUGGCCUUCCUAAAGGUGUCAAGUUCGAGCCAACUGAUGAGAAUAUCAUCGAGUUCUUGGAAGCUAAAUGUGGGGUUGGUGCCUCUAAACCCCACGUCCUUAUCGAGGAGUUCAUUCGCCCAGUCACUGAAGAUGUUGGAAUCAAUUACACUCACCCUGAAAACCUUCCUGGUGCAAACAAAGAUGGAGUAAGUGCCUUCUUCUUUCACACCACUGUUCAAGCAUAUGGAACAGGACAAAGGAAACGCAGAAAGAUCACACCCACAUGCCUGAACGAGGAGCCAGUUAGGUGGCACAAAACAGGCAAAACCAAGCAUGUGCUGCUCAACGGAGUGCAAAGGGGUUGCAAGAAGAUAAUGGUGCUCUACAAGAGCGCUCUAAACGGAUCAAAGCCUGAGAAAACAAACUGGGUUCUGCACCAGUACCAUCUGGGUACGGAAGGGAACGAGAGAGGAGAGUAUGUUGUUUCAAAGAUCACAUAUCAGAAGGAGAAAGUAAAGGAUGAAGGGGAGAGUUCUUCAGGGGUUAGAGGUGGCCCAACAACACCCAUGACGAAUACUCCUACACCACCUAGACCUCUAGAUGGUGUUGUUGCUGAAGAUGAAAAAGCUUUUGAUGAUGACAAGAUGUUUGAUCCAUUUUAUGAGGGACUGGACAGCAUUCCAGAAGCUGCUUUGUGGUCCAAGAAAGCUAAAAGGGAAGAAGAUGUGGUGGGUGUAAAGGUUAGUGAAGAUAACUUGACAUGCAAUGAAAGCAUCGAAGCAUCAUCUGUUUGGGAGAACCAGCUUCUCCCCAAUCCUAGCCUCGGGGAAUUAGAUGGUUUUGCGCUUUCAGAUCUGGAGAAUGCAGAUUUGGGGACUCCCCCUGAUUUCCUCACUUUAGCUUCACAGGAUAGCUUGAUGAAUUGGAUGGGAUGGCUGUGACUGGAUUGUUGCUCUGCUAAAAUUCAAAUGACGUUUUAUCAGAUAAACGUAGAGACAUGUCGGAGAAGAGGCAAAAGCAUUAGAAUGUGUAUUAAAGAAAAUACAAAAAAAAAAAAGGAGAAAACUUUGAAGUCUGCCAAGCUCUCAAGUCAUAUAUCUUUGUGAUCAGUUUUACUUGAGCGAAUUACCAGACUACAAAUUUUCUCUCGGAUCCACGGAAAGUUUUUCCUGGAAUAAACAAUUUCAAUCUCCUACUGUGUUUCACUUGAUUGUAAUUCAGAAAGACAUUUUGUGUACUACUUUGCUUUGUGUGUUGUGGUUCACUCUGUUCUGUUUCGGUUAAGGUCUAAACAACUGUUAUAAGUAUCUUCUGAUUAUCAUGUUCUGUUUGUUUGUACGUUUAAGCCAUGUUCUGUUUUCAA